GUAACAUGAACCGUAAAUCAUUGUAAAGCUCUUAUUUCUAUUUCCCUCCAAAAUCCGCAAUUAUUAUUUUCACAAUCUCCCCCAAAUUCUGAAACCCUAGUUCUCUCCAUACCCUCCGUUUGUUUUGCCCCCAAGAUUUGGUGGAAUGGGUUCGAUUGAAGAUGAUGAUAAUGAUGAUAAGACUCAAGUGGGCGAUGAUUUUAGUGAUAAAGACACUCAGUUUAUGGAUACUCAGUCUUUUCUCGAUGGGUCUGGGUCAUUUGACAAUACGGUUCCAUUUGAAGAUGCUGAGACUCAAGUGGUAUGCCUUGCUGGUGAAACUCAAGUACUAGAUUUUGAUUGUGAAACCCAAGCAGUGGAUAAUCUGGAUUGUACUGAAAAUUUGUGCACCCAGUUAUAUAACGAUUUUGAUAUGGAAGUAGUUGGUGAUACUGACGAUGAAGGAACUAAGAAAACUGAACUUGUAAGUGACACUGAGGAAUUGUCUGAUGUUGAUUCUUUGAAAGAACUUGGCAGCCAUCCAGGGGAACCUGAGAAUAUUUUGCAGACUGAUGUGCACAAACAAAGUGGCGGUGCAUGUAAAGAUAUUCCGGUUACGAAAGAGUGCAAUACAGGACCUGUCCUCAGAGGAUUUACAUCAUUACGUGUGGCGUCUGUCAGAUCUGCUGGCUUGGCUGCUCGCGACAUGGGUUUGAGAAGAACCAAAGGUGCAUCAUAUUCCAGUGUGAGUGACAAUCUACAUGAGGCAGGGCAUAGUGGAAGAAGUGUUGUUAGAGAUUUAUAUGACUUUGAUAAAAGAUUUAAUUUGGAGGAGCAUGAUCUUCAAAUGAAAGGAUUGACUAGUGAAAACAGGUGCAGGGCUGGUAAGUCAGCAAUGAGGAAACUUUUUAAUGAUGAUAUUUCUCGUGAGAAAGGGGUUAAUGAAUAUUUGAACACUGAUAAAGGAGAAAUGUUACCCCCAGUGUGUACUAUGGAAAAUGAUUUGGCAGGGUUGAGCUAUGUUGAUUCUCAAGAGCCCGGAGAGGCAUCGCAAACCAUUGCACUUGACUUUGUGGACAAAUUUCUGAAAGUUAAUGUUACAGACUUUGACGAAGAAUCUGAUGUUAUUAAGUCAACUGGGGGGAAAUCAAAGGUUCUCUCAGGUGCCAAAGGGACUCAAUGUUUUGCUAAAAAUGCUAAUCGCAAUUAUUUAGCUUCCAGUGGGAUAUAUGAUUGGGAUGAUAAUCAAGAGGAUGAAGGAGGGGGUGAGUUUUACAGGAAAAAGAAACAUUCAUUUUUUGAUGAUGGAUGCAGAGGACAUAAAUCUUUUACCCAACCUCGGGAUUCAAAGCAUCAUAAUGUCAAAAGACGUCAGGCAGUCAAAGUUGACUCUGGCAAGGUAGUGCAACAAGACAGUAGUAGUAAUGUACCUGAGUUGUUUUACUCCGAUUCAAAGUUACUGUUACACAAAAAUAAAGAGAAUGCUAAACUAAUGAAGGUGGCAAAACAGUCUAUUGGAAAAAAUCUUAUUAAGGAUUUGGAUGAGGUUCAAACAGGUGCUGCUAGAGAUAAUCUAGACAUGUUGGGUAUAGGAGCUGAUACUCAGUUGGCUGCUGAAGCAAUGGAAACCCUAUGCUGUGGGGUUGGUAUGACUGACUGUAACAGUGAUGUUGAUAAUCAAGACGCUGAAAUCCACUUUUCCAGUUCUGCAGAAAGAAAACUCCCCAAAAAUUCAGAGUCGGAUAAAGGUUUUCUUCAUAAAAAAGCAUCACGCGCUUUGAAAUCUAGAGUCAGUACGAUACAAUCAAAUCAAAGUAAACGCUCUUCUCGUAGAUUGACUAAAGGGUCCUCCAUUGUGUCAGAACUGGAAUCCAUGAAAACCAGAAAUCAGUGGGAUGAGGCUGGAGAUUUGUGUAACUUACAUUGUGGCAUUGUUGAGGAAAAUCUGAAUAAAACAGAGUUGGAAGAAUGUGGUAUCAGUGAAACUGAAAGAUGUCAUACUGCUGCGUCAGCAUGUCAAAAAAGAGUUAAAAAAAGGUCUAUUGAGGAGCAUUUUAGUACAUUUUCACCCAUUGCUUUUCGUACUAGGCAGAAAAUGUCAAAUCAAAAUCAGAGGGAUACGUAUACGUCUACUGAUUUAAGAGAGAAAAUGGAUAGUUUAGCUGGCUCUAAUGCCUCUAAAAAGAAAAGGAGGACUGUGUCGAAUGCAGAUGCCAGAGGAAAAUCUAGUGAAUUAAAGUUCAUCCAACCUUCAAACUCUAAGGAAACCAAAGAAACUCAUACUGAGCAAAAUGAUACUGAGAGAUGUGGUAUUAGUACAGCCCAAAAAGAAAAGCCCUGUCAAAAGCUGCCCAAAGAAAAAAUUAACGGAAAAUCAGGUGCUAAGUCUAAAAUCUUACAGGUGAAUUCAGGCAUAAAGAGGACAACAAGGUCAUCUGUUCGUAAUCCAGCUUCUCCUGUGAUGGACAGGCAGUGUGGAAAUAUUUUGGCCAAGGACACUUCUGUGGUCAACAACCCUAUUGAGCAAAUUGGCAAUGCUACUUCAAAAGGUUCUACUGUGUUGCUGACCCCUAUUCAAUGCAAAACACCUGUAAAUGAAGCCUCCCCGAUUUGUAUGGGUGAUGAGUAUCAUAAACAGUCAUGUAGGAAGAAUUUAUUAAGGUCGCCACUUAAGAAAAAUUCUAGCAGGAUAAGUGCAGAUGGACCAGAAUCUGCAUAUGCCUGUGAAUAUUUACAGAAAAAGAGGAAUAUAACUCAGCUUCAAGUAUUGUUCAGUAAGCACAUGGAUGAAGAUAUAAUUAAGCAGCAGAAGAAGGUUUUAACUCGGUUGGGGGUAUCUGAAGCAUCUUCUAUUUCAGAUGCUACACAUUUCGUAACUGAUAAAUUUGUGCGUACGAGGAAUAUGUUAGAAGCUAUUGCCAAGGGGAAACCAGUGGUGACCCACUUUUGGCUUGUGAGCUGCGGACAGGCUGGGUGUCUCGUUGAUGAGCAAAACUACAUACUAAGAGAUGCUAAAAAGGAAAAGGAAUUAGGCUUCAGUCUGCCAGUUUCACUGGCGCGUGCAUGCCAACAUCCACUUUUACAAGGAUGUAAGGUCUUCCUUACGCGUAAUACAAAACCUGGUAAAGAUAUACUGGCAGGCUUGGUAAAGGCUGUUCACGGUGUGGUUGUAGAGCGAAUUGGUCGAUCUGCAUUGAGGGAUGAAAGGAUCCUGAGUGACCUGAUCAUUUUAUCUUGCGAGGAAGAUUAUGCAGAUUGUGUACCUUUUCUUGAAAAAGGAGCUUCAGUUUAUAGUUCUGAGCUACUGUUGAAUGGUAUAGUUAUUCAAAAGCUGGAAUAUCAAAGGUAUCGGCUCUUUGCGGAGAAUAUUAGGAAAACCCGCUCCACAGUCUGGUUAAGAAAAGAUGGUGAGCUUAUUCCCGUGGCUAAAUGCAAAUGACGCUGUUCUUGUUCCUCGAUGUAUUCGUUCCAUUCUCACAAGUUAUCUGCACCAUCCUUGGCCCCCAUCAUCACAUAGAGUGCCUUUUACCUGUUUGUAUUCUUUCCGAGUCCUUAAAAUGCAUCCAGGCCUCCACAUAGAAUACAUAUGUAUAUAUUUUAGGUGGCCAAUGGCUAGAUUCAAAUAGAUAGUAACCCUGGUGAAAAAAUCAGGAUGUAGUAGCUACUGCGUUAAACAUUGUAGGAUGUCUUGCUCUAAAAGUUAUAUUUGUA